UUGAUGGGUCGGUGUGCGGGAGUCCUGCUUUCUCAAUCAAAAGAUACCCAAAGAUACCCCUCAUCUUUUCCAUGACAACAGCUUCGGUUACCUACUAGCUAGCUAGUACAGGAGUUGCAGUAGCUAUCUCCAAAGAGUAGUUAUCACUCCAGUAGUAACUAAACUCAGUUGAUUUGAUUUACAGCAGAAACCAUACCAUGAAGUUGUUUGGCAAGAAGAAGAAAAAGGACAAGAAGGAAAAGGAAGCAGAAGAGGAGCCACCACCGGAACAACAGGAAGAACAGCAAGAGCAAACGCCACCGUCACCACCACCACCAGCAGAGGAGGCUGAGGAACUUCCUCCCAAUGAAGAUAAUGGUGGUGCCAAUGAUGAACCAGAACCAGCUGCUGCUGCACCACCCGAGAGUGGAGAGCCAGCAGCAGCUCCAGCUCCACCACCACCUCCCGUAAAAGCAGAACCUCCCAUUCCCGAAGGAUCCGGCGAUGAAUUCUUGCUGCAAGAUCCCAUUCCUCCGCUUGUGACGGAAAAAGAGGCCGCGGAAAACUUGGAUCCAUCUUGUUUUCCCCGGUAUGUCUUGAAACAGUACCGUUCCAGUACGGGAACCUUUGAAUUUCGAACGCGUGGCAAAGAAGUCCAAAAGAACGGCAAAUCCAUCCUCAAAGGAAUGAAAGAAUUCAAGGCACAUCCCGAAAAAUGGAUUGGCAUGACGUAUCAAGUCAGUAUGAAACAAUGGCCGACCAAAGAACAAGAGUACUUUCUCAUUGAACGCAAGGGAACACAGCAAUUGGCCGCGACCGGCAUUGACCCCAAAGGAUGGAUGGCGGUACUCAUUAUCGAAUAUCAACAUUUUCCGCCGUUUCCCAACAAUGACUUUCCCAUGGAAUUACGAGACAAGUAUACCGAUGAUUUCUCACACAAAGGACGACUCUUGCAUUCCGGAUCACUCAAACCGAUUUGUCCCGGACGGGGCAUGGGAUGUGCCGAUAAUCCUCUCUUGAAAGUUAUUGGUGAUAUUGAUCCGUCCGAUAUUCAUCAGGGUCAGGUCGGAGACUGCUGGCUCCUCUCGGCCAUUUCGGCCAUUGCCGAAUUCGACGGUGCCGUCAAGAAACUAUUCCGAAAGACACCCAACAUUGACGAAAUGCCACGGGCAUCCCCCAACAUUUACACCGUCACACUCUGGGAUUUACCCACCUGGAAAGAAGUCGAUAUUGUCAUUGACGAACGACUCUGUGCCAAUCCCAACACGACCUAUUCCACAUCCACCCUACUCUCGUCCAAACCUUCGGUCGAUGGAGAAAUGUGGGUCUGUUACCUCGAAAAGGCCAUUGCCGCACAUUGUGGUGGAUGGGAUGCCAUUACGGGGGGACAGUGUGUUCAUGCCUGGGCAAUCAUGACGGGAUGUCGUCACCAAUAUACUUUCAUGCGCAAUGCCGCCACCAACAAGUGGCAAUGUUGGGCCCGAUACAAUCCGCACAAGAAACAAUGGUUGCCCAUGGAAAAUGAUGUCCACAAAUGCGAUAAUGUCACGGGCGUUUGGCCGAUUCCCUUUUUUACCGUCGGCGAUAAUACCGAAACGGGAGACACCAAGAAUGAAAUGACCGACGCCCAAGUUUUUGAUAAAAUGUUUGCCUGUGAUCAAGUCAAUUAUAUUGUCGGGGCGGGUAGUAAAGGAGGUGGUACCGAUGAAGGAAUGGUCGAUAAUCAUGCCUACACGGUGAUUGAAGCCGUCAAGGAUGCCUGUGGUACCGGUAUUGAUCUCUUCAAGGUGCGGAAUCCUUGGGGAAAGGGCGAGAUUGAAGACGGUGAAUUCGAUGAUGAUGGUCCCGGUUGGGACAAGUAUCCACAAAUCAAGGCACUCCUCAACCCCGUCGUGGCGGAUGAUGGAAUCUUUUGGGUCACCAAAGAAGAGUUCUUUGAUUUCUUCAAGACUGUCUACAUUAGUGCUUCCAACAUGACCGAAUUCUUGGAGGAUUGAGUUGAGUUGAGUGCAGGAUUUGAUUGGACUCGAGUCGAAUGGAAGGAUGGACUCGACUGGAUUCGAGUCGAGUCAAGUCAAGUCAAUCAGCAACCUUUAUCGAACAAGCCACACGUUUCUUGCUGGCUAGAUGAGGGUCUCGUGUUUCACAGUAUCCAACGCAUCAGGUAGCGGUAGAGCGUAGCUUCGGAAGCGGUAGGUAGACGUAAAUAACAUCCUCAAUCUCUUUGUCAGUAGUCCGUUCGGAGCGAUCCACCUAGCUAGGAGGGGAAUCAUUCGAAUAAUCAUUUGGGAACGAGGAGUGCUAGACAGCAUCCCUACUUCGAUACAUGCUACUCACCCCAGGCAUCCGCGUGGAGGCAUAAGAAGAUGUGCAUUGGCGCUUGCUACUCUCGCGACCGUCUGAACCUCUUCGUCCUUGAAGCAUACUCGCUCCGUGCCCCCAUCUUUCCGUAGUUGUAGGUAGAGUUUCUCAAACGAUUGAAGAGGGAUAUAGAAAGAAAGCCGCCGACUAGCUACUAGUGGAAGCUACCCGAAAACGAGUUCCAGUACGAGAAGGUGCAUUCUGUCCACCGGGCUUCGUCACGGAACACAUGCAAUGGCUACUGACGCUCCACACCAAAAACCAAGACAUUAUAAAGAUACACUGCUAUAACAAACUACAGUAUCAGUCGUUAACAAGAUAGAUACUUGCAGCCAAAACAUACGAUGCACCGUGAGCCAU